UCUUGCUGCAGGGAGGAGCGAGCCGAGUGCGGGUGAAGCGGAGCCGAGCCGAGCCGAGCCGAGCAUCACAGCCCGCAUUCAAGGAAACGGACGAACACAGCACUUUUUUUUCUUUUUUCCUUUCUCCCCCUCACUUUCCAUAAUGUUCUAGCCCCCCGAGCGCCGCACACGUACUCAUAUAUAUAUAUAUAUAUAUAUAUAUAUAUAUAUAUAUAUAUAUAUAAUAUAUAUAUAUAUAUACCAAGAAACAUAUGUAUGUCGACGUGGACCCUCAUGGGAGCCGUUUGUCUCUGAGGUGCCCAGUGAAGGGAGACCCCCCCUCAAUGGUGUCCUGCGCCAAGAACUGUAAAGACAUGGUCAUUACGCCGCAUCUGUGAUGAACAGCGAGCAGUGAGUGUGAGAAACCUUCAGAGGAUGCUCCUGAUCUGUGGGGCUCAGUGUUGAGGGAGGUACACAGAGCCAACUGGUGCCCACCAUGUCUCACCACCAACACUACCACCGAGGCCCUCAUGGCCGCACCAUGAGCUCUGACGAUAGGAGCUCUCCGCCAGUAAACAAGACCUCCACGCCGGUUCACAAGAGCGCCUCCUCCUCUUCCUCUUCCCAGCGCGACAGUCGGCAGGAGGCAGACAGCUGGGAAAUCAUUGAGGGGCUGAAAAUCGGCCAGAGCAACGUACAGAGGCCUGACAAACACGAGGGUUUCAUGUUGAAGAAGCGGAAAUGGCCACUGAAAGGCUGGCAUAAGCGUUUUUUUGUCCUGGACAAUGGUAUCCUGAAGUACUCCAAGUCCCCCAUUGAUAUCCAAAAAGGCAAACUUCAUGGUAGCAUCGACGUUGGGCUCUCAGUCAUGUCCAUCAAGAAGAGAGCCCGUCGCAUCGACCUGGACACUGAGGAGCACAUCUAUCACCUGAAGGUCAAAUCUCAAGACAUCUUUGAUGCCUGGGUGUCCAAGCUGCGUCAUCACCGGCUUUACCGGCAGAACGAGAUUGUGCGAUCUCCCCGGGAGGCCACCAUGCGAACGUUUCCUCCCCCAGCUGCCCUGGAGUCCCCCAAACCUGCCUCGAGUGUGGUGCGUGAAGCCAAGCAGGCCAAGCCGAGCAGUUUGCCCUGGCAGCCGGAGGCCCCGAGUAGCAUCAGCAACAGCAGCCUGCCGGCCUCCUACAGUAACGGCCAGAGCAAGGUGGUUGCUUGGCUGCAGGAAUCUGAGGAGAUGGACAAGUGCGCAGAGGAGCUUGCACGCUGUCAGUCCAAUCUGACUGAGCUGAGUCGGCUAUUGCAGAGUUUGGAGAUUCUACAAAGGACACAGUCAGCGCCCAACUUCACAGAGAUGCAGACCAAUUGUGUAGAAUUGUCAAAGAAAGAAAAGCGCUUGAACAGAAGAUGGAGAACAAAAAGUGUCGGCAAAGACGCAAAAUUCCAGCUUCAGGUCCCUCUGUCAGCCAGCAUGUCCCCUGUCCGUCUCCACUCAUCCAACCCCAACCUGUGUGCCGAGCUGGUGGACUUUCAACCCCCUGUCUCCCGGCUGACAGACAGUGUCGAGUGUGCCAGUGACUACAUUAAACUUCAGGAGGAAUUCUGCACAAUUGCCCAGAAAGUCCACUCCCUGCUGAAGUCGGCCUUCAACACAGUAGCCAUAGAGAAAGAAAAGAUCAAACAGAUUCUGUCUGACCAGGAGCAGUCAGACCAAUCAGCCCAGAUCAACUCUCUCAGGAAGUCUCUGUCACAGGCCCUGUCCCAAAAUGCAGAACUUCGAACCCGACUCAAUCGCAUUCACUCUGAAUCUGUCCUGACUGAACAAGUUGUCAGUGUGAACAUCAUCUCCACGCCUGAUGAGGCUGGAGAACAGAUGGGGAUCCCUCUGACUCAGCAGGCCUCUAAUGAGAGCCGACUUUCCAUGUCGGAGUCUGUCUCUGAGUUCUUUGAUGCCCAGGAAGUGCUUCUGUCAGCCAGCUCGUCAGAGAAUGAGGGCUCAGACGAUGAGUCAUAUGUCAGCGAUGUGAGUGAUAACAUUUCAGAGGACAACGCCAGUGUGACUGAUAACGUCUCCAGACAAAUGGCCAACGGAGACUUUGCUGGCAGCGCCUUCCGUAACGGCCGGCGAAGCUGCCUGCCGGCGCCGUGUCCCGACACCAGCAACAUUAACCUCUGGAACAUCUUGAGAAACAACAUUGGCAAGGACUUGUCCAAAGUGUCCAUGCCUGUGGAGCUCAACGAGCCCCUCAACACCUUGCAGCGUAUGUGUGAAGAGCUGGAGUACAGCGAGCUGCUGGACAAAGCUGCUGAGACCGAGGAUCCCUUUGAACGCAUGGUUGUCGUCGCUGCUUUCGCCGUUUCCGGCUACUCAUCCACUUACUACAGAGCAGGAAGUAAGCCAUUCAACCCGCUACUCGGAGAGAGUUAUGAAUGUAUUCGGGAAGACAAGGGCUUCUGUUUUUUCUCGGAACAGGUGAGCCACCAUCCUCCCAUCUCUGCCUGCCACUGUGAGUCGAAGAACUUCACCUUCUGGCAAGAUGUGAGGUGGAAAAACAAGUUCUGGGGGAAAUCGAUGGAGAUAUUACCAAUCGGGACUGUGAAUCUUAUGAUUCCCAGGUUUGGAGAUCAAUAUGAAUGGAACAAAGUCACCACCUGUGUGCACAACAUCCUCAGUGGACAGCGGUGGAUCGAACACUACGGGGAGAUCACCAUCAGAAACACGAAGAGCAGCGCUUGCCUCUGCAAACUUACUUUCGUCAAGGGAAACUACUGGAGUUCCAAUGUGAAUGAGGUUCAAGGAUUUGUGAUGGAUCAAGAAGGGAAAGUGAUCCACAGGCUUUUUGGAAAAUGGCACGAGGGUCUUUACUGUGGCGUCCCGCCCUCUGCCAAAUGCAUCUGGAGGCCAGGCUCCAUGCCGACAGAUUAUGAGCUGUACUACGGCUUCACCAGGUUUGCCAUUGAAUUGAAUGAACUUUGCCCCGAGUUGAAAGAUGUUCUGCCCCGAACAGACGCUCGAUUCAGGCCUGAUCAAAGGCAUCUGGAAGAGGGGAACUUAGAGAUGGCAUCCUCAGACAAGCAGCGCAUUGAGGACCUGCAGAGAGUCCGGAGAAAGUGGAACGAUGAGAACAACAUCAAACUGGAACCACGCUUCUUCAAGAAAGUGGUUGAUGCCCAUCACAGGGAGAGGUGGGUCUCCAACAACACGUACUGGGAGCUUCGCAAAAACCCCGGCUUCAUCAAUAUUGAAUCUACAAUGAACCUGUGGUAGCACACGGAUUGCCAUGUCCAUCUUACCUUCAUCGCAGACAAAGACGUCUGUUGCCUAUGCACAAUAAGGUGUGAAAAAGAAACAUGUUACGAUGAAACAUCCGUGUGCAGGGAUACGAGCGACGACAGAGCUGAGGGACGGCCUGAUGCCCAGCAACCCUGCCGAGGUUCUGUGGCCACACGGUCAUCCAUCCAUGGAAACAUCCUAUAGGAUCAUCUUCAUUGUGCUUGUGGAAGCUGGGUUGUCAGGGCAACAAUCGUAUCACUCCUAUGUAGAUCUUUCCUCCGCUCCUCCUGACUUCUGAGUAUGUCCUUGCCUUAAAAAGACACCCAUACAAGUCACAUGAUUUAACACUUUUUUUGUUGAAGCCAUUUGAUUUCUGUUGAGCAGUUUGGGGUAGACUAGUCUAUGAAGCAGACCUUUUGAUUACCUACGAUAUCUAGUUGCAUGUUUAGAGAGCAGCUUUCACUGGCAUAAAGCCACAUUUACUAUAUCAUCAAUCAUGGUAGAACAAAGGUAUUUUUAUAAAAUAUCUUGGACUCAGAAUUUAGUGAAAUAGCAUUAAGUGAAUUGGCAGAUUUUUAUUUAUUUUUUCCUUUUGAAUACCGUUGAAUCUGUGUGAUAGCAGUACUUUCUCUUGGGAAACAACUAAUUUAAAAUGAAUCUCAACUGCAGCAGUCGGUACGGCUCUCAAAGAUGACCAUAGUGUGGAAGGAGAAGUAGGGAUUCAAAUGUAAAUCCCAUCCCAGUGCUUUGGACAUGAGAUGCAGGAGACGCCGACAACUUUCACAAAAUGUUUUCUUUUUUUAAGCGGUCCACGCAGAUCUGUUAUGGAUUCCAGUUUGGCCUCACAGUGGAGAUUCAGUGUAAAUAGAGGGUCAACCUCACCAGCCCCACUGUCUAAGUUUAAACAUUGUUACAUGAAACCACCUCCUUUGAAUCACAUGGUUACAUAAAUACACACAUAGCUCCCUCCAUAUAUAGCACACCAUAUAUAAUGGACCCUUGAAAAUAAAACACUUCUCUGAAUCAAAGGUCAGAUGAUGUAUUAGGUUGUAAAGCCCUCAAAGACACUUUAUAUGUUGACUUGACAGUGAAACAUGAGGAAAACAUAUUUUGUAUUAAAACAAAUGUAAUAAAUGUACAUUCUUGUUCUGAAUAACAACCAAAAAUUUAAAAUGAAAUGAAACAAAACAAAGAAACUAUUACCAUCAACUGUUUGCUAUUUUUGGUAUUUUCCUUGAUCGAAUACCUACUUUAUUAAUCAGUCAUCAAAACGGGAAUACAUUUUCUUUUGAUAAAUGAAUUAAUUAGUUAAUUAUGUCAGCACUCCCAAAACUCAUUCAGCCAAAGGUAUACCGUUAUUCCAAUAUAAAAACAUCAGAGCCACCUACAGGUCGUGCCAUGAAAAUGCCGUAUCAGUAUUCUGGAAGUCAAAAAUAUAAAUAUUCCCUUAAAUGUUUUAGAUGUUUAAAGCCAAACAAGUUUAUACAGUAACCAUUUUACAGUUCAAUAAUUCAAAUGUGUGUGAUUCCCCAGAGACUGUACUGCUACUUUCUGGGCUUCUGCACAGCACCAGUUACCUAUUUGUCGUUUGUGUAUUUAUUGCAAAGCAGAUUAGCUUAAAUGUUUUAACUAUUGUCCCCCUUUUGCGUUACAGAGUUAGAAAAUAUAAUUUAAAUCAACCCCGAACACAAGUAGUCACACAUUGUCCACCGAAGGAAGAAAAAGAAGGAAUAUAAAUAUGUAGAAUGAAAACUAUGUGGCGCAAAUCCAUCGUGUGUGUUCAUAUUGUACUGGAGAUUACAAACCAAAAAAGGUAGAACUGCUUUGCAUCCACAUCUUUUUGUUUGUUAUGUACUUAAUGUGCUUUUAAUUUUAUCCCUGAUCACUCAAUGCUAGAACUUGUCAGCGUCGGUUUCACUUGCUGUGCCUUAAUGCAUUUAUUAAUGCCUCACAAACACACUACUGAUAAGAAUAAGAAUCCCCAUGCAGAGAAGGUAUGCCAUUAACAAACGUGAUCCAGUCUCCGCCUGCCUACAGAUGAUACGUUGUACCGAGAGCGUUGAGGGUUUAGCUGGAGACAAAACGUCUCGUCUGAGGUCCUAAAGGGAGACGGUUUGACUGUAAGAUGCUUGCAGAUAGUCUGCACUGCUCUGCUACUCCAACAUGUAACCAAUACCUGUUGGUUAUCACUGUAAAUACAGCACAUUUAGAAGAUGGGUCACUUCCUCUUUCAUCAGUGAUUUUUGUUGUUGUUGACAAUACUGAAUCCCAGCCGUUGUGUGAAGAGGUAACAGCAAUGCUUUGCGUAGUGUUUUGUGUCAUAGAGUCUGACUGAAAGAUGAAAAAUAAUAAUCAUGAAAACCUCUUCAUGCUUCCUUCAUCCACUGUUGCACCUGCAUGUCUAGACAACUUAGCCUGCCAAUGAAUAUUGCAGAUGCCUUACCAACAAAAAAAAUGUUUUUUUUGUUCAAUUGGACUUUUUGUUUUGCUUUGGACUGACAUGUGACCCAAAGCAGUGUCGGCUCAGUUUCUUUCAAAUCUAUUUCCUGAUCAACCUUCUAAAGUGCAAUUUUAACAAAGUACAUAUCUUUCCAUGAACACUGUACACUGCUGCUACAUAGUGCUUGUUCUAAUAAAACUGUAAAACUCAA